CUUCCGCCGGCAGCAUGGCGCGGGCCGCCGAGCUCGCCGCCUGCCUGGAGGCCGUGCUGGGCAGCCGCGGCAACGCCAACCGCGUCCUCGACAUCCUGGAGCUGCUGGUGGGCCCGGAGGAGGAGGAGGAGGAUGUGCUGUGCGCCGUCCGCACCUGCAGCCGGCUCUUCGGGGCGCUGCUGGAGCGCGGGGAGCUGUUCGUGGGCCGGCUGCCAGCCGAGGAGGCCGCUCUGGACGAUAACUACAGCGCAGAGGACAAAUACAAGAUGUGGAUGAGGCACCGCUACAAGGAGUGCGUGGAUAGCCUGGCAGAGCUGCUGGGCCACCGUGCCUUCCCGGUCAAGGAAUCAGCACUGUGUACCCUCAUGAAGUUUGUUGAGUUGGAGGCAAAAUACCCUUUGAUCAAAGCAGAGUGGAAGGGGAGUUUAACUUUUCCUCGUGAACUUCUUAAGGUAGUUGUUGAUGGCUUACUUCCCUUACAUGAUGAUGCCUCACUCCUCAUCUCCCGCUUUCAAGAGUACAUGGAGUACGAUGACAUUCGGUACUUUGUCAUAAAAGCAGUCACUGAGAGUAUUGGACAAGUCAUGCAGAAGACAAAAGAGAAGCCUCCACCAUUUUACCAGCAGAAUGUAUUUUCCCUCAUCUCACCCAUCAACAUGCCAAACAAAGAGAGUGACAUGGUCAAAUUUAUGGUGAAGCAAGAUAACUGGGAGGAACUCAAAGUGUCAAAGCUGCAGGCACACAAGCAGGCGUUUCAAAAGAUGUGGCUCAGUUUUUUGAAGCACAAGCUCCCCACUGGCCUUUACAAAAAAGUUCUGAUCAUCCUGCAUGACUGCAUCCUUCCAUACAUGAAUGAGCCCACUCUCAUGAUUGACUUCUUGACAGUGGCCUAUGGCAUAGGAGGAGCAAUCAGUCUUCUGGCCUUAAAUGGAUUAUUUAUUCUGAUUCAUCAGCAUAAUCUGGAAUAUCCUGACUUUUACAAAAAGCUGUACAGUCUUUUAGACCCUUCUAUAUAUCACGUGAAGUACCGAGCCCGCUUCUUCCAUUUGGCUGAUCUGUUCUUGUCGUCAUCCCACUUGCCCGCGUACCUGGUGGCUGCCUUCAUUAAGCGUCUGUCCCGCCUGGCUCUGACAGCCCCUCCCCAGGCUCUGCUCAUGGUCAUUCCCUUCAUCUGCAAUCUCUUUCGGAGACACCCUGCCUGCAGAGUGCUGGUACACAGGCCCCAUGGGCCAGCAGAUAUGUCAGAGGAUCCAUAUAUUAUGGAAGAGGAGGAGCCAUCUGCAAGCAGAGCCUUGGAGAGUUCUCUCUGGGAGAUUCAGACUCUACAAAACCAUUAUCACCCAGAUGUGGCCAAGGCAGCUGCUGUCCUGAACCAGUCCCUGUCUGAAAUGGAGGAUGACAUAUCAGGGCUUCUGGAGCUCUCAGCUUAUGAGCUUUUUGAUAAAGAAGUAAAGAAAAAGGCUACUGCUGUGCCCCUGGAGUUUGAGCAAGUACGAGGUUUGUUUGGGAAGAAGAAUGAUAUUUUUGCAGAGCACUUCACUUUAGAUUGAAGUGAUCUCUUACAAACAUCUGCACAGCUGACUGAUCACAGGCACAAAGCUCACGGGUCUGCUGCCUUUGAAGUAUCUCCAUGUGAUGAGAGCUGGGCUGCUUGAGGAAGGUGCAGCCUCCUUCAGUGAACUUUACCACUGCCCAUGGAUGGACUCUGUUGUCACCCACCAUUGCAAUCUGCCACCGGAUACUUGAGAGGGAUUUUUCCUCAGAACAAGGUUUCCUGGCCAUGAUCACUGCUGGGAUUGCAGCCCUUUUCCCCAGAGCUGUGGUGGGUGACUACAUCCACAGACUGUCUGGCUGCUGUUGGAUGGGACUGAGGACAGCUGUGGUCUCUGACUGCUCCUCCUGUUUUUCUGAUCUUUUACUUUUAUACUAGAGCUAACAACUUGUUUUUAGCCAGUGACUUCAAUAUAAAGCUGUAAACACCUGG